UCGAAGGCCCGCCCUCCGCUCGCCCCGCGCGGCAGGCGGGUCCCGCAGACCGGAGAGCGCCCGCGCGGCCCUUCUGGAGGGCGGCGGCCGGGCCGGGAGGGUCUCCGCUGCGGUCGGGCUGCGGGCAGCUCGGGCGGGCCGUGGGCGCCGGAGGUGGAGGAAGACAGGUGCCCCUCCGGCAUGAAGACAGACUCGCUUAGUCGUCAGUCAUUUAAGCUGAGUGCAUUGUGAUUUCCAAUAAUUGAGGCAGUGGUUCUAAAAGCUGUCUACAUUAAUGAAAAGAGCAAUGUGGCCAGCUUGACUAAGCCGCAGCGCGGGCAGGACGGCACCUGGGUCUCGACGGACUUGUGCAUGUUAGCUGUGUAGAUUUAUGUAAGGUUUUUUUUUUCUUUUUUUUUCUUUUUUUUUUUUUUUUAAACUCUGGUCUUUUAAACUAGUCUUAAGCACUUUUACUAUGGAGACGUGUGAGAGCCCCUGUCCUCUCCCGCGUGAGCCCGCAGGAGGAGCAGUCAUGGAGAACCCAGCUUGCCCCCUCCCAGCGCUGCCCCAUGGACAGUCUCCACCACCUCCCCUGCAAACGUCCAGUGAUGCAGAGGUAAUGGACGUUGGCUCUGGUGGUGAUGGACAGGCCGAACCCCCUGCCGAGGACCCGCUCGACUUCUACGGAGCUUCUCUUCUCUCCAAAGGAUCCUUCUCUAAGGCCCGCCUCCUCGUAGACCCGAACUGUAGUGGCCACAGCCCACGCACUGCCCGGCACGCACCUGCGGUCCGGAAGUUCUCCCCUGACCUUAAGUUGCUUAAGGAUGUAAAGAUUAGCGUGAGCUUUACCGAGAGCUGCAGGAGUAAGGACAGGAAGGUGCUGUUCACGGGAGCGGAGCGCGACGCGCGGGCAGAAUGCACCCUGGCCCUUAGCCCUGUCAGUGGAGACGUGCAUGCUUGUCCUUUUGGCGGGAGCAUUGGUAACGGGGUAGGCAUAGGGAGUGAGAGUGCUGAUAAGAAGGAUGAGGAGAAUGAGCUGGAUCAGGAAAAGAGAGUGGAGUAUGCAGUGCUGGAUGAGUUAGAAGAUUUUACUGACAAUUUGGAGCUAGAUGAAGAAGGAACAGGCGGGUUCACGGCUAAAGCGAUCGUGCAGAGAGACAGAGUGGAUGAAGAGGCCUUGAAUUUCUCCUAUGAGGACGACUUUGACAACGAUGUUGAUGCUCUGCUGGAAGAGGGCCUCUGUGCCCCCAAGAAGAGGAGGAUGGAGGAUAAGUACGGAGGAGACAGUGACCACCCGUCCGACGGGGAGACAAGUGUGCAGCCGAUGAUGACCAAGAUUAAAACCGUGCUCAAAAGCCGCGGCCGCCCGCCGACAGAACCGCUGCCCGAUGGGUGGAUCAUGACCUUCCAUAACUCUGGAGUCCCCGUGUACCUACACAGAGAGUCUCGAGUAGUCACCUGGUCCAGGCCCUACUUUUUGGGCACGGGAAGCAUACGGAAACACGACCCCCCUCUGAGCAGCAUCCCCUGCCUGCAUUAUAAGAAGAUGAAGGACAGUGAGGAAAGGGAGCAGAACCGGGAACUCGCCCCUGGUGGGGAGGUGUCCCCUGCCAAGCCCCCGGGCCGAUCUGCGGAGCUGGAGCUCCCCAUGGAAGAGCCCGACUCCUUGGGGGCCGAUUCAGGGCCCCCAGACGAGAAAGACACACUGGGGGCCGAGGCCGCACCCGGGGCCCUGGGGCAGGUGAAGGCCAAGGUGGAGGUGUGCAAAGAUGAAUCGGUUGACCUCGAGGAAUUUCGGAACUACCUGGAGAAGCGCUUCGACUUCGAGCAAGUCACCGUGAAGAAGUUCCGGACAUGGGCUGAGCGUCGCCAGUUCAACAGAGAAAUGAAGCGAAAGCAGGCGGAGUCGGAGAGGCCCAUCCUGCCGGCCAAUCAGAAGCUUAUCACCUUGUCUGUGCAGGACGCGCCCACGAAGAAAGAGUUUGUCAUCAACCCCAACGGGAAGUCCGAGGUCUGCAUCCUGCACGAAUACAUGCAGCGCGUCCUCAAGGUCCGUCCCGUGUACAACUUCUUCGAAUGUGAGAACCCAAGUGAACCUUUUGGUGCCUCGGUGACCAUUGAUGGUGUGACCUAUGGAUCUGGAACUGCAAGCAGCAAAAAACUUGCAAAGAAUAAAGCUGCCCGGGCUACGCUGGAAAUCCUCAUCCCUGACUUUGUUAAACAGACCUCUGAGGAGAAGCCCAAAGACAGUGAGGAGCUGGAGUAUUUUAACCACAUCAGCAUCGAGGACUCACGGGUCUAUGAACUGACCAGCAAGGCCGGACUGCUGUCUCCCUACCAGAUCCUCCAUGAGUGCCUUAAAAGAAACCAUGGGAUGGGGGAUACCUCUAUCAAGUUUGAAGUGGUUCCUGGUAAAAACCAGAAGAGUGAAUAUGUCAUGGCGUGUGGCAAGCACACUGUGCGCGGUUGGUACCCACCGUGGACCUGCCUCCCACCAUCUAGAAACCUCCACAGCCCAGGACACCUUCUGGACACUCCCUGCCCCCACCCCUGCCCUGCAGGAUGCCCCCUCUGUAUGUCUGGAGAUGUGGGUGUAGGGGGUGGGAGGCUUUGUGAACCAUGGCCUUGGUUGUGUUCCGACCUCAGGGCAGAGAUGUUGGGACGAGGUGUUCCCUUGGAUGUCUUGGUGUUUGUGACUCCCUCCCUGCGUUUCCUCACAGGUAAGAAUAAGCGAGUCGGGAAGCAGUUAGCCUCUCAGAAGAUUCUUCAGCUUCUGCACCCGCAUGUCAAGAACUGGGGGUCUUUGCUGCGCAUGUAUGGCCGUGAAAGCAGCAAGAUGGUCAAACAGGAGACUUCGGACAAGAGUGUGAUUGAGCUGCAGCAGUUUGCCCGGAAGAACAAGCCCAACCUGCACAUCCUGAGCAAGCUGCAGGAGGAGAUGCGUAGGCUGGCGGAGGAGAGGGAAGAGACGCGGAAGAAGCCCAAGAUGUCCAUUGUGGCCUCUGCGCAGCCUGGUGGUGAGCCCCUGUGCACUGUGGAUGUGUGAGGUGGUGGCCAGGCUCAGGGGCCGCCUGCUGGGGAGACCUCGCCUGCUCACUCUGCGGCCUUGAGCCUUCAGUCUAAGGGCCUCCCCACCGCUGUGUUUCUGAGGCCGGAGACAGCCAGGGCUAUGCCGCUUUUCCCUGGGGGCCACCCACGGGUCUGGGUGGACGUGCUGAAGCAUCAACUCACCUACCGCACAGGUGGAAGCUGAACAUGCGGAGGUCGCUGUGGACCUCUGCUUGUGCGGACUUGAUACAGACCGGUUUUAUGAAGGUUUUCAUGAAUUUUAGUACAUAACACGCACUGACAAGAAGUGAUGGCAUGAAAUGGGAAGGCCCCAUGCCCAGGGCUCCCAUAGGCACCAGAGGAGCCUGGUUAGAAGGCACACAGUAGCACCCCAUCCCCUUCCCCACCUCCUGUGCAUUCCUUUUUUCCUCUGAAAAAGUUGGACUAUUUCAGACCCUUUUGGUUUAAAAUAAACACGGUAGCAGAACUAUUUUUCAGAGGUUGCAGGAAAACCAUCAAGGUGACUAUUCUUUACCUUGAAAUGCAUUGCCAGUGGGUGAAGGUGCCUAUCCCUGCCUGGCUUGGGGUGUGGUCCUUUCUGAGUAAGUCUUAAUGCCCCCCCCCUCCCAACAUGCCUUCUCAGACACUGAGGCCCCUCACCUUUGCUGGCCUCUGUUAACUUUUUACUAAAAUUUUGCAGUUAAGUCUGUCUGUCUGCCCAUUGAUUUUUAAAGCUUUUAUGAUAUUUUAGAGUUUGGAGAAACUUUUACAGUGAGAGUAGAAAAUAGAUUUGGAAUCAUGUAGCAGAUAUGAAAAUUAAUGCAUUUUAGCUCACAAACUUAUUUAAAAAGGAAACAAGGACUUUCAGUGCAGUGCAUUCUGUCACAUGCUGGAGUGCAUCUCUAGAGCUGGUGUGAGCAUGUGGGGGUGGCACUGGAUUUUAAGAGCAGCUGCCCUGUGCAGCCAGUCCUGGUAACCAACCAGGUGACCCCUGUGGACAGGUGUGGGGUAGGUUGUCCCCACUCGUCCUGGGACACACUGGGACUCCUGGCCCUCAGGGCCUUUGGAGGGUGCAGUGUGCCCUCUUGGCACUUCCCCCAUGGAUAGUGUUGGUGGCUGUUUUCAGGAAGAUGUUUUUCUUCCCUCACUUGCCCUGUGACCAGGGUGGCUCCAGUGAUCUUUAUAAAACUCACAAAUCAAGUUGCUGUAAUUACACACUUGCUUGUGUCUUGCCCCAUCUGCAGUUGUGAAUAAUCAUUUGACUGUAACUGCCCUUAAAACAGCCAGAUGCGCCAUUGUGAACCAAAGCUUUGUGCACACUGGAGGCGAGUAAGCCUCACCUUGCCCCCCCCCCCCCCAAGUCCUUCCUUCCUGUCCCCUGUGUGGGUGCAAGUGUCCUGUGAACACAGCCAUGCUGUUGGGGCAGAAGGCAGGGAGGGCCUGUGCUGAGGUCACCUCCAUGUGGCCAACACCCUUUGCAACCUCCCAGGGGGUGGCUGGGCCAUAGCUCUAAAGAUGAGCCUGGACUGUCUGAACACAUAAAACUGUCUAAAAGGAAAA